CAGGGCGGGCGGCGGCGCGAGGCCGGGGCACGGGCACAGCGCGGCGCCGAGCGGCACCAGCCCAGCCGCGCCCCAGCCCGGCCCGGCCCAGCGGCCCGCCGGGGCUGCGGGCAGCAGGCAGCGCCCGCCGGUGGCCCCGCGGGCUCCGCCCGGCAGCGCGGCGGCGGCGCCGCUCGGCUCGCAGCGGGGGCAAGGUGCGGCGGCGGCGGGAGGGGGCGGCUGUGUCGGCUCGGAGGGGAGCGGCGCGGCGGGAAGAGCGGCGCUGCGGCCAGAGCCCACCAUGGUGCAGCAAGCGGAAAGUACGGAGGCGGAGAGCAACCUGCCCCGGGAGGCGAUGGACACAGAAGAGGGCGAGUUCAUGGCGUGCAGCCCGGUCGCUUUGGACGAGAGCGACCCGGACUGGUGCAAAACCGCGUCGGGGCACAUAAAGAGGCCGAUGAACGCGUUCAUGGUGUGGUCAAAGAUCGAGAGGAGAAAAAUCAUGGAGCAGUCCCCGGACAUGCACAACGCGGAGAUCUCCAAGCGCCUGGGCAAGCGGUGGAAAAUGCUGAAGGACAGCGAGAAGAUCCCGUUCAUCCGGGAGGCGGAGAGGCUGCGGCUCAAGCACAUGGCCGAUUACCCCGACUACAAAUACCGGCCCAGGAAAAAGCCCAAAAUGGACCCGUCGGCCAAGCCCAACGCCAGCCAAAGUCCGGAGAAAAACGCGCCCACCGGCAGCGGCGGCAGCAAAAGCGCCAAGAGCUCCAGCAAGAAGUGUAGCAAGCUGAAAGCCUCCUCCGCCUCCUCGCCCCCCAAGCCGGGAGCCAAAGCCGCCCACCACCACGGGGACUACGCAGGAGACGAGUACGUCUUCGGCACCCUGAAAGUGAGCAGCAAGACGGUCAAGUGCGUCUUCAUGGACGACGAUGAGGACGACGAGGACGACGAGGACGAGCUGCAGCUGCGGAUCAAACAGGAGGCGGAGGACGAGGAGGAGGACGAGGAGCCGGGGCCGCAGCAGCUGCGGCGGUACAACGUGGCCAAAGUGCCGGCGAGUCCCACCUUGAGCUCCUCGGCGGAGUCCACCGAGGGGGCGAGCCUCUACGAGGAGGUGCGGGGCGGCGCCGCGGCGGCGGGCGGUGGCGGCAGCAGACUCUACUACAGCUUCAAGAACAUCACCAAGCAGGGCCCGCCGCCGCCGCAGCAGCCGCCCGGCCUCUCCCCGGCCUCCUCCCGGUCCAUCUCCACCUCGUCGGCUGGCAGCGAGGAGGCGGACGACCUGCUCUUCGACCUCAGCCUCAACUUCUCCCAGCACGGCCACGCCGCCGCCGAGCUGGGGGCGGGCGCCGCCGCCGGCAACCUCUCCCUCUCGCUGGUGGACAAGGACCUGGACUCCUUCAGCGAGGGCAGCCUCGGCUCCCACUUCGAGUUCCCCGACUACUGCACCCCGGAGCUGAGCGAGAUGAUUGCGGGCGACUGGCUGGAGGCGAACUUCUCCGACCUGGUGUUCACGUACUGAGCGGGGGCGGCGGCGGCGAGGGCGGGCAGCGAGGCAGCGGCGGAGCUGGAGCGACGCGACGCCGGUGAUGAUGAUGAUGCUGAUGAUUAAAAAAAAAAGUCUUGUUUUCUUUAAAAAAAAUAAUCUCGAAGUUAGUUCCGAGCCCGGGAGUUGUGAUUUUUUUUUUGUGUUUUUUUUUUUAUUAUUAUUAUUUUUAUUGCAUUUGGUGAUCACAACAACAACAGGAAAAGGCAAAUGGGACUGGGGAAAAAAUGAUACAGAAGGCGCUGUUUGAAGCUUGUCGGUCUCUGAUUGAAGUCUGGAAGAUGGUCUGCAAAGAAGUCUUUUGGCAGCACAACUGUUACUCAAGGGGGUUUGUGGAUUUUUUUUUUUUUCCCGUGAGAGAUCUUAAAGAACUGUUCUAACUUUUUUUUUUUUCCGAAAGGGACCAUUGCAACUUUUUUUGGAGGGAGAAAACUGAUGUCUUCUAUGCAUCCGAUUCUUAACAAAGCUGCAGGGAGCUUGAAAAAAUGCAGACUGUACAAACGCUUACAAAUAACUGAACUGACUUAAGAUCAGAGUUUACUUUUCAGAUCAAAUUGUUUAUGGUUUUACAAAUGUGAUUUCUACUUGCCAACUUUUUUUUUUGUAACUUGUUCCCUUAUACCUCCUUGAUUGAAUACCAGACAGCCUAGACCUCAGUACAAAAAGGUAUUGAAACAUUUUUGAUACAUAACAGACCUCAGUCUUUUUUAAAAAUUAAUAUAUUUUCAGGCGUAUUUUUGUACAGUGAAAAGGGAACAUUCUUGCUGUGUUUUUUCAGUAAGACUUUUCAGGCACUUCUUCCCUUUUAUUUUCUGUUUUUUUUCUCUGUUUUUAGCAUGCAAGUUUGUUGGUACGUUACGUCCUGGUUUUAAAAGGAUUAAAAUUUUAAAAAAAUAAUCCUUGCAUCUAAAGGCCUUGUGGUUUUAAAAAAAAAAACAAACAAUUUUUUUGUACAGCUAUAGUUCAGAUUUGUUCAAUAUUUGUAGGUAAAGAUUUAUUGAAAAUGGUGAUAUAGACCUCAGAGCUGUUAUCUUAGUUUAAAAGAUUGUAUAUGUACUGUACUAUAGUAGGACUUUAUGUAUCUCAUACGCUGUGAUAUGUGGAUGGGGCCCCAGAUGGAAGGUAUGAAACUGGAUUCUCGAUUUUAGCAAAAAAAAAAAAAAAGAAAAAAGGCACAUAGUUAAAAAAGUUUCUCAUGUUGUGCAAUAUAAUCUAAAGUACAGACCAUCUGCAUAUUUUGUAGCAAAUGAUGGCAAAAGCAGACUUGUGCACUGUCAACAUCAUAGCCUGUUUUUUUUUUUUUUAAUGCUGAAAGUCUGUAUCUUGACAAUUUUAAUAAAUCAGCUGGAACUGAUAGAAACUCGUAUCGCUAUUAGUGUCUGUAGAAGUAACGCUGGAGAUGCCAUGUUGUCACCCUUUGCCUGCGGAGCAGCGGUAGCUGUAGGCUGUUGUGCAUGACCAUAGCUAGGGGGGAAGGAGAGUAAGGACUGCUGCUUUUCUUUUCCUUUUUGGUUUUUUGGUGGGGUUUUUUUGCUUAGUGGUCGUGGGGGUUUUUUCCCUCCGCCUCCCGUCGCCUUUUUCCCACUGGUCGUGUGUGCGCGGUGGCCGGGGGAUCGCCGCCGGGCGGGGCCGGGGCUGGCUCGCUGCGGGCCGGGGGCCGGGCCGUGCGGCAGGUUGGCUCGCCCCCCGGUGUUUUCGGCUUCCCCCCCCCCCCCCCCGCCGGCGGUGGAGGAGCCCCGCUGCCCGCCCGCGGUUGGUGUCCGGGGCGGUGGGCUCUGGGCCGGGGGCGCGGCGGGGCCGGCUGCCCGCUCCCACCGCCGCGGGGCACGCGGCUCCCCACCCGACACACCGCUUGCUCCCGGUCCUCUCCCCGCUGCUCUCUCUUUUUUUUUUUUUUUUUUUUUUUUUUCUCUCCCCCUUUCCUCUUUUUGCGGAAUAGCCUGGGCGAGACAUGCCGCGGGGAUGCUGCGGGUAGCGGUGCUGCAUCUCCCCGCCCCCGGGCAGCGCUCGGCCAGCGGCCGCGCUCCGGAGAGACGCCCCAGGCGGGGACACGGCAAGGAGGGGGUACGAGCUUCUGCUGUAGCUUGAGCAGACUUUGUCAGUGUGCAUUUUUUGCCUUUUUUUUUUUUUUUUUUUUUUUUACCUUAGGAGCCAUCAGAUUUCAGUUGCGUGCUCUGAAAUAACUGCUGAUGGCAACAGACUCACAAGGUGGAACUUUGUUUCUCAAGAAGUUUACUUUUUAUCUAAUAGGCAUUGGUAAUUUUUAUUUUUUUUCUCCACUAAUUAAUGAUCCAGCUGUUUACAGGGACAAUUCACUGUGCUGGUAUUUUGGUGGCAACCACUGCUACAGGCUUUCAGACUUGCUGAAAUGAAAAUCCUGCAUACACAUUUGUAAGGCAUAAUAAAACAUAACAUUAAAACCUGCAUGCAUGUUAUGUUUAAUCAAAGACAACUCUUAGGCAUUUAAGUGGUGAGAUAUCUUACUUUAGGUUAGUUAAACUGGUAGUAAAAUGAUUAAUAUAAUCUGAUCUCUUUCUAAUAAUAAUAAUAAUAAUAAAACACUCAUGAUUCUAAAUAAAAGUUGUUUGGCCUAAAUCUUUGCUAUCAGAAAAGAGAUAUAGCAUAUCUGGGAACUCAAAUUUAUGUCUUGCAUUGUGGUAAUUCUUUAUGAGAAACUGUGUUUUAAAACAAACUUAAUUACAAUAUACAAGAUAUCCUUGGCAAUGGAUAGUCCUCAAUAAAACAGAGUUUCUUGAAUUUUCAGUUUUUGGUCUCAAAUGAUUAGUGUGUUCUCCAUGUAAUAACUUAGAAAUCAGAUUGAAAACAAAUGACAUUUAUCUCUUCUAAGGCAAAAGAGUGAAAGAAAAUAGAUACACUGAAGUGCUCUAGCCUAGCCAUUCGCUAUCCUGCUAUCGAAAAUCCGGUUUUGGGCUAGGGUGAUGGAGUAAGUUGAUCAGGUUCUAAGUCUUAAAACUGAGCCAAAAUUCUCUUAGUAAUUCUUCAAGCUAUCAUGAGAGUAUGGGGACUUGUUCUUCCAGUCCCUUUCUUCUGAUAUGCAUCCUUGUUUAUUAAAGUGAUAAUAGGCAGUGUCAAACAUUUGUGCUUUACAGAUGUUCAAUGAGUUAUGAAUGAUUAUGGUCAAACAUAGGCUGCAUUUAGUUUGCAUUGUGAUAAGGUCUGUGUCUCAGCCUACAAAAUUUUUGACUUGCAUAUAUUUUUGGAAGCUGUUUUUAUAAUUAUAAUUUAAAAUAUUAGUCAAGGAUAACUGAUUUAAAGAAACCACUCAUAGAGCAGUCAGGCAUAUUUUAAAAGAGCAACAGGUCUACUUUAGUCAAAGAAUAUAAUACCCACUCAGAAGGAUAUCUUUUCUUUCUUCUAGAUGGGAAUUAUACAAUACUAUAUCAGAGGAAUAUUUUGACUGAAGGGUAUAUGAUGCGGGGGGGGGGGGGGAAUAAUUGUUCAGACAGUUGAGUUUCUUUUAUUUCAGAGUUUAUUGUUGCGUAUUGCUCAAGGAAAAAUUAGGUAGUGUUCUGUUUAAGCCACUACAUUGUUAGGGCUGAAGUUUGAUGCUGUUGAAUGCCUAAGCUCCUGCUGAUCUCAGUGAGAGUAAAAACCAAUCUUCUAAUCAUGAAAAAUAGCAUCUGCUAAGCUACUCUCAUUUUUUUUUUUUGCUUUUGUCAUGUCUAACAAUAUUCAUACCUUCCGUUUCCCUUUAUUUUUUAGUGUACAUAGGAAUCCUUGUUGACAUGCUAGAGCAGUCCUGUUGCAGGCUUAGUAUCUCCCGUGGCCUUUUUUCCACGUUCUUUGCAUUUGCCUCUGUACAAUACUACUCUUAAGUGUAAUAGGACUCAGUGACAGGAGGGACAAAAAUGAGCUUUCUUUUAUGGAAAGGCAAUUUACUAGCUAACACUGAGGAUGUCAGCUCAAUGUAAAACCUAAUCAAACAUGCUGAUUCUUCUUAAUUUUAAAGUGAACAUUUUUGUAAACUUACCAUUUCCCCCCUUUUGUUGUUUUUAUUAUGUUUUUCCUCUCCUCCUUUUAAAAGAACCACAACUAAGAAAUAUUUUCUUCCUUUAAGUGCAGUCUUUCACAAAUGUGGUAGAAAGACUCAUUCCAAGCAUCCUUUGAGUGCUACAUGCUCUUAAGGCAUUUGCUGUUGUUCAGAUGAAACUUCUUCAAGUCUGUUGAAUGUGAUUUGCAUGUGUGCAGUCUGAUCCUUCACUCAUGCCUGUUUGAGGAAAGCGCAACUCUGUUACACCAAGGUAAAACUGGUGUGGGGUCAAAGUCAGGGCCAUUCAAUUUUUAGGUGUUUGAUAUUCAACAUGGUUCAUUUUUACAUCUUCACAAUUGUUGCCUAAAUAAGGCCUUAAACCUGCACUGGUUAAAGAAAAAAAAAAAAUUCUCAUUGAGCUUAAUGGGAGUUUUUGCCGCAAGGGCUGCUGGCAGGAUAGGUGUCUUAGUUCCUCCUAACCUUCAUUUGUAAGCGUGGCCAGGAAAAAAACACAAACAACAAAAACUUAAUACAAUGAGUUGCCUUACAUUUCCCCUACAAUACAGUUGUAUUCCUUUGAUUUCUUUCCUUUCCCCUCACCCACAUCGAAGGCUGUGAUUGUUUUUGUUUUUCUUAAUUUUUUUGCACACUACCUAUACCAAUUAACUGCCUAAUUAAUUUUAUCUUCUCUACAUGGAUGCAGUGAAUUUGUAAGAGAAUUUCACAAGCAAGUAGUUUUUUAGUGAGUUUAAAGUAAAUAGAGUUUUAAAGACCUAUUUUUAUAUUCAAUAUAAAGCACAAAUGUGCAGAAAGUGUAGAAUGACUUACAAAAAGGGAAACAAAAGUUCGUAAUAUUUCAUGUAUAAAAGUAAUACCUUCUUUGGGUUGAGAUUCUCUUAGAAAACCCAAUACUUAUGCCAGUGCAAAGAUAGGAAUAUUUUAAAAACUCUUAGAAAAUUGUGAUUGACAGCAAUUUCAAAGGAAUGACUUCUGUUGAUACAAGGAAACCCCUAAAGCAAUAUGGAUAAGAAGGGGUGAAUGGUUUUCAAUGAUGAACAACAACCUGGAAGUGUGAGAAUGGAGGUUUCAAUCCUUAUUAAUUAAUCAAAUUUCUUCUGUUGUGGUUAGUUAGAAAAUCUGGAUUUUCUGCGAAGUGCAAUCUUGCAGAAUGAAAAAGUGCAAGGGCGCCAAACUUCUAAGACAUGUGAAUAGUCAGAAACAGGUCUGGUUUAGAAUUCUGUGUUAGUAGUUAGGGCUUAAGAUUUUGGCAAUUCCGACUUCCAAGAAAAUCAAGACCUGAUUCACCACUUGAAGAAAUUUGAUCAAAUAAUAAUGAUUAAUCCAGGAACUCCCAUUGUCACAAUUUGUUUUUGUUUCCAUCGUCCUGCUUAUCUCCAAAACCAACUUGCCUCAACUCCUGGCGAAGCCAGGGAGAAGAGUUAUAUGCCAUUGUUAGUUCAUUUACAAUUUGUAUCUGGUUUUGCUCUUGUACAUAUGUUGGCGUUUUGGAGUCUUUACAUAAAUGCUGUGAUACUUUUUUUCUUCUUUCCUUUUAUUUUUUUGGUGGGCUGUUUUAAAAUGGAGGCCUGUUUUCCAGUGUGGGACUUUUGAUGGUUACAACAUUUCAAUGAUGUUGCAUGAUGGCCACAGGUGGGGGAAAUUGAAUGUUUUAGAGCAGUUUUUCAAGCAUGACACUUUUAAAAUAUGUAAUUUCAAAGACUUUUCAAGGCCACAUGAAAUUAGUUUUCAUAGCCACUCCAGGUCUUGGGGGAAAAGCUGAAAAGUACUUUUGUUUAGAAGUCUGAGUGAUGGUGGGGGGGAAACCUUUUCUUGAGGUUUUUGCAUGCCAGUGCACGGCCUAUUGCUGUGAGAGAAGGAAGAUGGUAAGGCUGCUUGAGGCAAUGCACUGGAGGACAAAGUGUUUUCUAGCACUAGAAAAAGAAAAUGCAUGGCAAAGUUUUGUCUUCUAGUAGACUAUAUAGCAUGCAGAGUUUAGUAUGUGUCAAAACAGUGUAUGACAUUGCUGUAUCAAAGUUGUAAAAUUAAGCAUUAUUUAUUGAAAACUAUGUAUUUUUUUUGUAAAAACCUGAUCACCUAGAGGAUUAAUAUCAGUGACUUGUGCUAGUGCUACAAACUUAACCAGCUUCUUUACUACAGUACUUGAUAUGCAGUGUUAAUGCUCAGGGUUGAAACCAGUCCACUCCAAUGUCUUUUUUUGCAAGAGUUUUUAAAGAAAGGAACAACAUAAUGCAAUUGUUCAAAAGACUCUAAUAAAAUUGUGUGAUCAAUCUUC